GUAUAUCGUGAGGACUAGUGGGAACACACUGACCUGCAGCAGCUUGUGUCCUCUGACUGACCCUCAAACUGUCUAUGUGUGGUAUGAAAAUGGAAAACCUUUUAGGGAAAAUCAGCAUCUCAACAAUGAACACAGUUCUUUGAAAAACAACUUUUACUGUGCAAUUAAAGGUCACGAGCAUCUUCAAUCUGAUGAAGUCUGUGUUCAGGAUAAAAACUGCUGGAGAGUGAAUUAUGUCAGCAGGAGAAUCUGUGCUCUGGAAGGAUCUUCAGUCAACAUUAUUAGUAAAUACUCACAUCCUGAUGACAUGAAACCGGAGUUUAAAUUAUGGAUUAAAAAAUGGAGAACAGGUGAUAAGGAACUUGAAAAACCGAUUGAGCCUUCAGGUCGUGUGGAGUAUCACAACAAUGUGAAGAACCAACAUACCCUGACCAUCAAAAACCUGAAGAAGAAUGACUCAGGAGAAUAUACAUUCAUCCUGAAACGACAUGAUAAAGAACUGAAACUGCCUGGAGUCUUUUUGAUUGUCACAGAGCUGAGAGUGAAGAUGAGUCCUCCUGUAGUGGUGACAGAGGGUCAGAGAGUCACACUGACCUGCAGUACCAGCUGUCCUCUGACUGACAACACAAACUACAUUUGGUACUUGAACAGUCGACCUCUGAACAUGACAGAGACACACAACAAACAUCUGAUCCUAGACGCAGUCAGCAGGGAGAAUAUAAGAAAUUAUUCCUGUGGUGUUAAAACCAACAAGGAUAGCACCACAGCUCAAUGGCUACCAGCAGCUGCAGGAGGUUUUGCAGCUCUCCUGUUAAUAAUAAUAAUACUUCUCACUGUGUUCUGCUGCCAGAGAAAAAAAAGGGCUUCCAGUCAUUCUCCAAAGAGUGAAAUAUCAGACAACAAACAGCAGCCUUAAUCCCAUAUAUGGAAACAACCCAGCUCAGCACUGCAGGAUGCUUGACACCAUGAACCACGAAGCUCAUCUCUAUGCCAAUGAAGUUGAUCUCUAUGCCAAUGAAGUUGAUCUCUAUUCCAAUGGCGCUAGUCUCUACUGUAACCUUUAAUAUUGAGUCAUUACCUACAAGAAAAGCACCACAGUUGAUGAGUCCAGAGUGUUAAACAAUCACAGUCUAUAGUGGAAAUAUAAGGUAAAAUACAGUAGAAAUUAGUAAAAAAGUAAAAAUGCAUAGGGUUUUCAACUUAAAGAUAGCCUACGAUAUUACGUGUUGCAAAAAACCUGGAAAGUGCAUCACAACAUAAAAAUGCUAUUGUUAACUUUGUCAGAGACGCCAGCUGUACUACUUUGUGAGCUUUGUGUUGCUUUGUGAAUUUAUAACAUUAUCUGGAAAAUGACUGUAAAACUGAACUUUAAAGUCAUCGUGUCUGCAGGUUUCUUUCUUUCUGAAUCAUAAAUGAACCACUAACUGCUAAACAUAGAGAACGAAAGUUUCUAAUGUUUCUAAUGUUUCUAAUAAUGGUUAUG